AUGAACAUUAUGUCUUUCAACCUGAUGUGUUACUUCGGUCUGAGUUCAGUAAUCAACAUCGGAUUGGUGACAGGGCAAGCGUAUCUCGACCAGAGUCUCACAUUAUACGUUACGAGUCCAGCAUGCGCCAGUUACAAAUGCGAAGUAGUGCGAUCCCAUGGCGAUAAACUUCACAUCAAUUGGUUAAACGCGCCGUCCGGUGACGUCAAGUUGGUGCUAGCGAGUGAGACUGAUGAACAGUCGUACACGAUCAAAGAGAGGAUCGCAGGAACUCAAUCCGGCUGCUAUCAUGGAGACAAUGGACAAAGACCAUGCGGCCAAUACACUAAGAUUAUUCCAGCCAACUGGGCUUACGGCAAAUACUCCGUACAGGUAAUAUCGCUUUCCAGUCCAGACAAAAUUGGAUAUACAGACAUAGUCACCAUUGCGAAACCGCACAAUAUGGCUAGAUCGCGUCCAAGGUCAAUCUUGUAA